GAUAGCUGAUAGGAAAUUAAACCGUAAUGAUGCGUACAUUUGUUGUUUCAUUUAAAUGCUAUUCCUAUAAGACAAGGCAAAUGGUCAAUGGCUCAAUUCUGUUUUUUAUUUCUAGGUUUGUGUGCCUCCUCUGGUCCUGAGGGAGUGCUUUGUCGUGCUAAACCCUAUCCGGUUUAGCACUGACAAGUUGGCUGCAAUGGAUCGCAUUGUUCCAUCCAACCUUGACGUCCCCAUGGGGAAUCGCUCAAAGAAACGGAAGGUGGCACAUGGAACCACGGCUGUGGUCUCCAAAGGAAAGAAGGCCCGCCUUGAGGCACUUCAAACUCCAGCAAGGAUUGCCAAACCUUCGAAGCUGGUACCUCCCCCUCGACCUGUUCCAGAAGCUGCUGUACCUGCUACUCUGGAGGGCGUACCUCCUCCUCGACCUGUUCCAGAAGCUGCUGUGCCAGCCACUCUGGAGGGCAGCGUCUUUGUGCAUUCGAGCAAGGUAAUUUGCAUACAACAUGUAAUGAUUAAACACAUUCAGUGAAUAGAGUGCGGUUCUCUAUUCUUUUGAUAUUUUCUCUAAGUUCCUAAGAAAGUG